AUAAAUAAAUAGCAUAUUUGUUUUACGGAUGAACGUCAAAAUUGAUCAUUUAAAUUUCGGUUAUGAGUGAAAAGGUUUUCAAUUUUUUUCCCGUUUUCUCUCUAUUUAACGUGAAAGUUUGAUCAAUAACUUGAAUACGGGCUGAUAUUGGAACUUGAUUAAUCUAUUUCUAAACCAUUUUAAUUAUAACCAAAAACUCUUCGUCUAUUUCCUCCAAAUUUAAAAAAAUGGAAUCCCGUAGACAAGAAAUAUGUGCACACAAUUCUUCAAAUCAAGGGGAAGCAAGGAAAUCAACCGAGGAAACAGAUAAGGCCCACAUAACAAUAAGCGAAUUUUUGAAUUUUCUUAAAACAGCCUAUCAGGUUCAAGAUUCGGUUGAAGGUGUUUUAUUAGAAGGAGGCAUGAGUGAAGCAGUAAAUUGGCUCAAGUCUAAAGAAAUUGAAAGUACGAUAAAAGGAAGAAGUAUGUCUGUGCAAACUUCCGAUACGCUACUGCGAAAAGGUAGCGCGGAUGAUAAUAAGAAAGAGUUGGCAAAAAAGCGAGAAUCAAAUGGCACAUUAGUAGAUGAUUCGGAUAUUCUGAAGCAGAAACUGAAUGAGGUACUGUCUGAGGGGCUCCUAGACUCCGUUUUACCAUAUCUAGUGCAAAGUACUAAUUCCCUGAAGAAGAAUUCAUUGUGCAGCGUUAAAACUAUCGAAAAAAAUUCGCAUACUUCUACUUUGACUGUAUCUAACGAACGCUUAGCUCGCCGAAAAUCUAGUGGAGAUGCUUCAACUGCGUGCAAAGUAUUUGAUACUAAGAUAGGAUCUGAAGUGGAAAUUCAUGUAUGCGAUGAAAUAAAAAACACGAAGAAAACCUUUACCUGUAAUCAGAAACUUCUGGUUGAAAAAAUGGGAUACUUUGCUGAAGUGACUCUGGGGCAAAAAUUAGAAGACAUGGACAUAUCAGUUCAUUGCGACAUAGGCAUAUUCGAGUGGCUUAUGCAGUGGGUUAAAAAGGAUUCGUUGCUUGAAGCCGAUUGGCCGCAUCUAGACUCGCAAUGCGUUAUUCCGAUUUUGGUUUCUGCGGCUUUCUUGCAGAUGGAACCAUUACUACAAGAUUGUCUACUAUUUUGCCACCAACACAUGAAUGAGAUCUUAAGAACUGCCUCAAAUUUAAGUUGCUUGAAUGAUUCAGUCUUGACUAGACUGGCGGCCAUGUAUACAAAUUCAGAAGUAGAAUUAAUCAAAGAUAGGAAAGACAAGAUUCAAUCGAAAUUGUUUUCGAAAUUAAUUCAAUCGUUGGCUGAACCCGAGCCUGAAAGCGUUAGAGGGCAUUGGUGCUCAUUAGCAAGAAUUUUCAGAUGUGAUAAAUGUCAGCAACUAAUAACUCCAAAUGUUGCGGCAAGAAUACCCUGUAUUCCCCCUUGCAUGAGGUUGCAACCCGAUGGUUCCAUUAUUAGCUUGCAUACAAGAGAUCCGAAUUGGCUGAUCAAUGAGUACAUUAUAAAGCUGCACAAAACACUUAAAACUUGGCGAAAAGUUUAUUGGAGGCUUUGGGGUGAUGUCCAUUUUCUAUACUGUGGAAUUUGCAAAAAAUAUUUUCCAACAAACCAAAUAGGAUGGUGUAGAUAUCACCCGGACACGCCUCAAUUCUUUACUUUAGAUGCACAAAAGGCACCUCUGCCGAUUGGCCGAUAUCCGUGCUGUGGUGAAAGAGCUUAUAGAUUUCAACUGCUGGAGAACUACUCUGCGUGCCAAUUUCGACAACAUGCAGUGAGUGUGGAAGACGUUCGUCAAUCUGCUAUUUUUUCCAUGUUAGAAACUUACAGACAUUUGAUUGAAGAAGAACCACCUGAACUGCUUUUUCCUGAAAGGCUUACGCGACUCGUUGCUAGAGAUUCAAGUGUGAAUUCGGAAAAGUUUAUUUGCAAGGAGUCAUUCUGGUGGGAUGGACUUGAAAUAAUUCCUCCUCGGCCAAAAUUAGGAUUGCUGAGUACUUUUGCGAAUCGAGGUGCAAAUUGUGAUGAGGAAUCUAUAAUUUCUGAUGAAAGUACGACGGAAGAGAAUACUGAAGAAGAAACGAUUUCUUCUAGUUCACUAGAAAGUGAUGAAGGAAGUGCGGAAAGCAAUCCUCCUCCAAAACAAACGCUGGUAAAAAAACCGAAGAAAAAUAGUGCCGGAAAACUUCUCUGGCAACACAAUUUAUCGGCGAGAAGUAAUCAAGACAUUCAACGGGCUUACGAAGAAAGCCUCCUGAAGGAUAUAGGAGCCAUUUUAAGCAGGAAGACUUUAAAUGAUACCACAAAUAAACCGGGUACUAGAACUGUGGGGAGAAACUCAAUCCCCUUAGGGGGUCUUUGGAUGAGGCUGGAAUCCGAAUGGCGCGAGUCAUUAAAUCAACGAGAAACUCAACCGAAAGCAAAAAAUUUCGCUACAUCUAAGACGAAUAAACCUCGGUCCAGAUUUUGAGAGACAAUUUUAAUUUAAUCAAUUAUAUUUGAAAUAAAUUAGCUAGUGCACACAUGU